AUGUUGCAGUCAUAGUAGCCAACCAAAAUUCAGAAUUAUCCUGGUAAGAGGGUCUUAAAUUAUACAUUUCUCAAAGAAUUAGGAAAGGGUGCAUUUGGUUAAGUCUUUUCUGCAAAAGUUGACAAGACAUCAGAUUUGGUAGCGAUUAAAUGCGUUCCAAAAGCAAAAUUAAGUGAGCACAGAGGAAUUGUUGGCUAAUUAUUAGAUAGUGAAAUUGAAGUAUUAAGAUAAAUCAACAGUGAACAUGUAAUAAAAUUCAUUGAUUUCUUUUAAUCAGAGAAUUAAUGCUACAUCGUUUUGGAAUUUUGCAAUUCUGGUGAUUUUGAAUAAUUGUGGAUCAAAAGAGGUAAAAAGAUCCCAGAAAAUGAAGUCAUUGCAUAUAUGAAAUAAGUCUUGGCUGGAAUGUAAGCCCUACAUGAGAAAAAUGUCUUACAUAGAGAUCUAAAGUUGCCUAAUAUUUUAAUUCAUAAUUCUACUUUAAAAAUUGCUGAUUUAGGGUUCUGUAAGUAAUUGAAGGAUCAAAAUCAACAUGAGCACUUGUUUCUUGGUUCCUUAGGUAAUAUGGCACCUGAAAUUGUUGAGCAAAAACCUUAUGGCAUGGCUGCUGAUAUGUUUUCUAUUGGCAGUAUGUUCUAUUAGUUGCUUUUUGGAUCUUUUCCAUUCACUAACAUAAAUGAAAAGGCAUUUUUGGAAGAUAUCAGAACAAAUAAACCUAAUUUUAGAAAAAAUGGAGUUUCAAUUUCUACACAAUUAGAAUGGCUGCUGUAUAAAAUGUUGAUGAAGGAUCCUAGGGAUAGGUUGAAGUGGUCCGAAUUGUAUUCACAUCCCUUAAUGAAAUAGAAAGAAAUGAGAUAUCAAUAAUUAUCACUUAAUUUAUUAUAAGCUGAAUAAAUUAAUGUUGAAAAAAUUGGGAAAUUCUAUGAAAAUAAAGGUUAAUUGGAAACAUUUGAAAAUUCGAAUGAUUUCAUGAAAAAGUUUGAUGGAAUGAAAGAAUAGCAAAUCCUUAAAUAAAAUAAUCCGAUUAACAUUAAGGAGACUGAAUUAUUACCCGAUCUCUAAGAUGAAUAGGUUAAAUUAGAGAUAACAGAGACUGAAAAAUAAAUAGAAGAUUUGAAGAAGGUUGAAGAAUUAAUUGAGAAAUACAUGAGACUAAGAGAUUAAAUUGUAUAUUUAUCUAGGACACUAAAUGAAAUAAAUACUUUGAUUUCCGAAAAAUAUUCGGCAUUACCAUUUUUGUUUCUAAUCAAAAAGCUAUAUAAAUUAAAUGACUCAUUGACAAGAGCAUUGUUAGAUAAGUAAAAUAUAUUUAGAGUUACAGACCUAUUAGAUAAAGUAUAUUAAAAUCCACAUUUUUAAAAAUUCUUAUCACAAAUGUUGGAUGACUAAUAAUUUUACGAAAGUCUUUUAUAAUUCGCAUUAAGAAGUGCAAAAUCAUUUUGGGAUGAAAUUUAAGAUAAAAAUUGGUAGAGAGAACUGACAAUCGAAUGUUCAGCUUAAUUUAAUUAGAAUUUCAAAGAAGUGUUGAAUGAUUUCAUUAUUAGAACUUUGUCUGAAAAGAAAGAAAAAGAAAAAGAUCCUAAAGUAAUUGAACAAUAUAUUGAAUUAUAAAUUCAUCUUAUAGAUUGUUGUUGUUAUGAAAAGGUGUACCAGAAUGACUAGAAAAUAAACAUAAUGGAACAAUUUGAUGCUUUGUAUGAGAAACCAUUAAAAAUAAAGAAUGAUAUAUUUUCUGAAAAAGUGUAAUUAUUAUUUUUAUGA